AUGCGUAUGUUAGCGUAUGGGAGUUCUGCAGAUUCCAUUGAUGAGAAUAUACGAAUGAGUGAGAUCACUAUAAUGAAGUGUAUAAAGAGAUUUGUUCAAAGUAUAACUGAUGUGUUUGGGGAAGAGUACUUGAGAAGGCCAAAUGUUGUAGACGUACAAAGGCUAAUGCAAAUUGGAGAACAAAGGGGCUUCCCAGGUACAUUAAAUGAUAUCAAUGUGUUGCACCGAUCUCCCAUCUUCCACAAGGUCUUGGAAGAUGGAAUAUAUCCAAGUUGGGCAACCUUUGUGAAGUCAAUCCCCUUAUCUCAAAGUGCAAAACAUAAAUUAUUUGCAAAGAAACAAGAAGCUGCAAGAAAAGAUAUAGAAAGAGCAUUUGGAGUGCUCAAAGCACGAUUUGCUAUCAUUUCUAACCCGGCACGCAUGGGCUCCAAAGAAACACUUGGACAAAUUAUGAGAGCAUGUAUAAUCAUUCACAAUAUGAUUGUAGAGGAUGAACGAGAUUCAUAUGCUAUUGAUUCUAAUUAUACGAAUGAAAGUGUGAAUUGUAAUGUAUCUACACCUAAAAAUAGUCCUAGCCACUUCAUUCGAAAUGAGGAUUAUAUUCAAAAUCAUGCAAUGAUUCGCAAUAGGCCAACAAACCAUCAACUACGAGAAGACUUAAUUGAGGAGAUAAGGAAUCGGUUUGGUGGAGAAGAAAAUUAA